GCCAUCCACUGAUAAAUAUCCAAACAGCAAACUCUCUUCCCUAUCAGCAGCUUCCAAAAUCCCCAAAAGGCCAAAAUCCUUCAUCUCCAGAAUUGUCCAUUCCAGAAUUCCCCGUUUCUUUGUCUCUCUACACAAACCAAUUUUCUCCCCUCAUUUGCCUCCAAUCCCAGUUUGAAUCUUGCUAAUUCCUUCAAAAUCUUAACAGCCAUGACCGCCGAAGAGUUCCCGGAGCUAAUCCCGGGCUUGCCGGAGGAGAUAGCCAUGGAGUGUCUUAUCCGAUUACACUUCACAGCUCACGGCGUCGCCUCCGGUGUCUGCCGCCGGUGGCGCCAGCUGGUCCGCAGCAGGGAGUUUUACUACCACAGGAAACAAACGGGCCAUACCCGGAAGGCGGCCUGUCUAAUUCAGGCGCUGCAGGCCCCGGAGUCGGAACUGGCGGUGGGCAAGCCGGUCGGGCCUGCGAGAUACGGGGUGUCGCUGUUCGACCCGGUGAGCGGGUCGUGGGAGCGGGUCGACCCAGUUCCCGAUUACGCGGACGGGCUGCCGCUGUUCUGCCAGGUGACCAGCUCGGAAGGGAAGCUGGUGGUGAUGGGCGGGUGGGACCCGGUGGACUACCACCCGGUGAGCCACGUGUUCGUGUACGAAUUCACCACCCGGAGGUGGAGGCGGGGGGAGAGCAUGCCGGCGGCCCGGUCGUUCUUCGCCGCCGGCGAGUGGGACGGGAAGGUGGUAGUCGCCGGCGGGCACGACGAGAACAAGAACGCGCUGAAGAGCGCGUGGGUGUACGAUGUGAAGGGGGAUGAGUGGAGGGAGCUGGCGGCGAUGAGCCAGGAGAGAGACGAGUGCGAAGGGGUGGUGAUCGGGUCGGAGUUCUGGGUCGUGGGCGGGUACCGCACCGAGAGCCAGGGCGAAUUCGAGGAUAGCGCCGAGGCGAUCGACCUCUCGGGUGGCGCGUCGGAGUGGAGGUGCGUGGAGGGGGUGUGGAAGGCCGGGCAGUGCCCGAGGUCGUGCCUCGGGGUGACGAUCCCGAAGGGCGGGAAGAGCGGGGGAGGACUGGCGUUGUUCAACUGGGCCGAGGUGGGCGGCGGAGCGGUGAAAGUGGGGGCCUGCGGGGUCCAGCUGGGGGGCGGAAUGACGCUGGUGUCCGGGUCAGCGUACCAAGGUGGGCCACAAGGGUUCUAUGCUGUGGAAGGGCAAAAUGGUAAAUGGAACAAGGUGAGUGUGCCUCGUCAGUUUGCCGGGUUCGUACAAUCCGGAUGCUCCGCCGAAGUUUGAGAGCGAAAAGUGGCCAGCCGUACUGUAUUAUCGUUUCGGCAUCUACGACUGCUAGCUUUAUCUUUUCCACGGCAUCUUUUUCUUCUUUUUGCCUUUUCACCGUUCCAAGAUUUGGGUUGAGUUUCUUUCACGCAAACGAGGAGCCAUGGCCCAUGUGUAUGUGUUGUGUGGCUCGCUUGAUGUACUUAUGUAAGUAUGUAUAUUAAUACCACUGUCAUCUUUCAUAUAUGAAAGUUGCCAUCGCAUCUCGCUACACUGUGAGCAGGGAAACAUGGCACCAUCCGGCUUUGAAUUGCGCAUUGGACAAAAAUGAAUCGCUGAACAUUUA